GAGAAAAUGCAUCCCAUUUUCAAUAAACCCAAUUUAGCUAAAAGGCUGGAACAAACAUUUUGGCGUUUUGGUUUCACCCUUUCAAUUAUAUUUUUGCUUUUUUGUUUUUCGUCGAUUUUAGACAUCUAUUGACAUGGCCAUCCGAAGCAACAACCAAUGGAAAGAGAAUGCAUUCGUCAUGAACUUCGGCAACACCGGGUGCUCUGCAAUGCGUGACCAGCUCCCGGACUUCUACCGCAUAUUUGUGGAACACGGCGGCGCGCCAGCAGACAAGAAAGAACCGUGUGUUAUACGAAGGGGACAAUAUAUUUUGCGCAAUAGAUCGAUCGACUGGGCAUUUCCCAACUUCAAAACGAUGCCCUAUGGGCGGUACCGGUUUCGGAUUCAAAGUCGACAAGACAAACGCACCAACCCUGUUGUUUUCUGCCUAAAUGUCGACUGCGAAAUCAUCCCUAAACCCUAAAGACUGACAGGAAGGCGCUGAUGCACCAGUACAGGUCCUCUAGCGAGUCAAGUCCAUGCGGGCGGGCUGUCCAUGCCGUUGUCGUAAAGAAUUUUGCGUGCAAUAAAGCAGAGCCGUGAUGGAUCAAGAUGGAAGUGUCCUUAAUUUGUCCCCCCCCCCAUUAUCUUGCAGAGAGGAAUCACUCAAAAAUAAGAAGGCAGGAGGUUCGGGCCAGACAAUUACUUGUCGCAACAGCCUUCGCGUUGCGCGCCGGUUUCGACUGUCCGGUCCGUCCAUGCCUGACAAUGGAUUCAUCAACUUUCUAUCAUGCCGCAAAAACCACUCAAUUAGACUUUUCCGGGCUUAGCUUCUUGUUCAGUACUCAAGUCGUUGCCCCGCCACACUUCAAGACCCAGCUUAUUCACUGAAAAUCUACCGGCGUGACUUCGCGCCGCUGCAGGGGCGUGAAUAAAGUGUCACGCCAAAAAACGGCAUGACAGAAAAGUCACGCCAAAAAUCGGCGUGACUCAAAAAUUCACGCCAAUUUUUGGUGUGAAUUUCUUGUUAUGCCGUUUUUUGGCAUGACUUGUCUCUUAAAACGCGUUGUCAUUCACGCCAAAUGAAGGCGUGACUCACAUGUCACGCCGUCUAUCGGCGUAAAUUUCGUGUCACGCCAAUUUUUGGCGUGACUUUUUGUUACGCCAUAAUUUGGCCAUGUGUCCGACCAUUACGUUUUCAGUGUUUGCAACGAAAUGGAAUAAACCUCAGUAUUGCGGAUACUUCAGUAGCACCAAGUUCAAUUCCGUUCAACCAGAAAUCAGCUGGAUGCGCAAAGAGUAGGGCAUAUUGCACAAAUUUGCUUAUCCCGGAAAGGUCUGUUUCUUAAAAAGUGAAAAGAUCGACACUUGGUCAGUAACUUUUAUCACACCGAAAACAAUACCCGUUCUCCUCACCACUCUUAAUUUCUUUUACUGCAGGAGGUAAAGAACGAGUAUAGAAAGUGCCAGACCGAAAACAAUGGGUGCAUCCAGUGCUCGGCCUUAGCCGGGAAACCACCGCGACCCCAGGCGACCCCAGCCACCUCGCCGCGACCCCACAAACUUUUUUCGUCACCCCAAGGUUGAUAACCAUUGGGAUAACCCCUGAAACAUGUUGACCCAACUGGAGCUCACGUCGAUGUCCUAGCCGAUAUCUUCCAAAGAGGUCUGCCAUUCGUAAUGAAGCGCCGAAGGUACACUCUAAAUGUCUUACGAAGAAAUUUCCCAUAAUAGGAAGGAAAUGGCGCAAGCAUAAUACGAAGGUGGUUUUUCUUCGUAUUACGAAGGUUUUUCCUUGUAUCUUACAAUGAAAAAGCUAGAAAGAUUCGUAUUACGAAGGAAUAUAGCUUCGUAUUAUGCUAGCGCCGAAUUCACCGUGACAUACGUAUUACAUUGGUCAAAUUUCAUUGUAAGACAUUUAGAGUGUAGUGCUGAAGUCCGGAACUUGUGCAAAGGUGACCCAGGGUCUCAGUCCCUUCCUCACCAAACGCUCGGAGCGAAAUUUUCCCUUCGGUGGCCUCCCACCCGUCAGAGUGACCCCGCCGCCUCACACGCGCUCUUAUCUGAGUAAUGAAGUUGAAUGGCACACGCAGCCCCACCGGCGCAUCGACCUUUCUGCACGUAUUGCUUUCAGUCCAUGCGUCCACACCGCAACCAGCUGACCUACAACCAGCCCACAGCUGCAUGAGUAACAAGUUAGUUGUGAGAUUAAUUGAGAAAAAGAGCGUUGACACGAUGGGGGAUCCCCUCUCCGCAUCAAGUGACUUAAGAAGGAGAGGAAUCACCCACAAGUUAGCGAUGGAGACGUUCCCGCUGAGGCUUUUCCGAAUCUUGGGUCUGGCUCCCUACCAGCAAACCGGAAGCGCAGUAACGUCGACUCGUUGGCUGCGUUGGUACAGCGUCUGUGUAACACUCACAUCAACCAUCGGCUGCAUGUGGCUUUUGUUGUAUUAUGCGUCAACACUCAUUAUGUAUCCCACAAAAGCACGCAUGGCACUGGCCGAAGUCAUAUGCGUGGCCAUGGUAAUCUCCACGGCCUUUGGAGCGGCCUUGAUUCGGCUGUACACUGUUCGACGCCAGUACCCGCUCCUGCACCGCGUCCUCACGGACCCUGCCAUCCUGAAUGAGAUGCCCAUGACGUCGUCCAAAGCUCUCAUCAUUUUCUACCUGGACAUGGCCACAACUGUUUCCAUUAUCAUUUUAUCACUAAGUGUUCGAGGUCCUUUGAGUCCUUGGGUCACGUCCCUGCACUUCUUCAUGGUCGCAGAGAAGCUUCUGGAAACUGCGGAGCUGUCUCUUUUCAUGUUUACUCUGGAUACCCUGAGAAGAAAUUACAAACAUCUCAAUGAAGAAUUCACAUCUCUGAAACAAGCUAAAGAAAAGCGUAAGGACAUUACAGAUUUUAUCGUGCAGCUUUGUUUUUUAAUUGAUAAAUAUAUUGUUGACAAGCUCUUAUGACUUUACCUCGCUGUAAGCAGGUAAAGGACAAAAAAAUAAAAGGGAGAAAAAACGGAUGCUUCUUGGAUAACCAAACUAAGGAAUGACUGCAU